GGCGCUGCGUUGGCUGCGGCCUGGCACGAAAGGGGCGGCCCCGGCGGAGAGCAGACCCAGUAGUCCGGGCGAUUAUGGACCCGGCAGAGGCGGUGCUGCAGGAGAAAGCGCUCAAGUUUAUGGCUGCAGUUCCGGCUGGUGGAUAUUGGAGGAAUAAUAAAAAGUGCUCUAUGCCCAGGUCUCUGUGGCUGGGCUGCUCCAGCCUGGCGGACAGCAUGCCUUCGCUGCGAUGCCUGUAUAACCCAGGGACUGGCGCACUCACAGCUUUCCAGAAUUCCUCAGAGAGAGAAGACUGUAAUAAUGGCGAACCCCCUAGGAAGAUAAUACCAGAGAAGAAUUCACUUAGACAGACUUACAACAGCUGUGCCAGGCUCUGCAUAAACCAAGAGACAGUAUGUCUGACAAGCACUGCUAUGAAGACUGAAAAUUGUGUGGCCAAAACAAAACUUGCCAAUGGCACUUCCAGCAUGAUUGUGCCCAAGCAGCGGAAACUCUCAGCAAGCUAUGAGAAGGAAAAGGAGCUGUGUGUCAAGUAUUUUGAGCAGUGGUCAGAGUCUGAUCAAGUGGAAUUUGUAGAACACCUUAUAUCCCAAAUGUGUCAUUAUCAGCAUGGGCACAUCAACUCCUAUCUAAAGCCUAUGCUGCAGAGGGAUUUCAUAACUGCGCUGCCAGCCCGGGGUCUGGACCAUAUUGCUGAGAACAUUCUGUCAUACUUGGACGCCAAGUCACUGUGUGCUGCUGAGCUUGUGUGCAAGGAAUGGUACCGUGUGACGUCGGACGGCAUGCUGUGGAAGAAGCUCAUCGAGAGGAUGGUCAGGACAGACUCUCUGUGGCGAGGCCUGGCAGAGCGCAGAGGGUGGGGACAGUACUUAUUCAAGAACAAACCUCCUGAUGAGAAUGCUCCUCCCAACUCCUUUUAUAGAGCGCUUUAUCCUAAAAUUAUACAAGACAUUGAGACAAUAGAGUCCAAUUGGAGAUGUGGGCGACAUAGUUUACAGAGAAUCCACUGCCGGAGCGAAACAAGUAAAGGUGUUUACUGUCUACAGUAUGACGACCAGAAGAUUGUCAGCGGCCUUCGAGACAACACCAUCAAGAUCUGGGAUAAAAGCACACUGGAAUGCAAGCGGAUUCUCACAGGCCACACAGGCUCUGUCCUGUGUCUGCAGUACGAUGAGAGGGUAAUCAUCACGGGCUCCUCAGACUCCACCGUCAGAGUGUGGGAUGUAAAUGCAGGUGAGAUGCUGAACACAUUGAUUCACCACUGUGAAGCCGUUCUGCACCUGCGCUUCAACAACGGCAUGAUGGUGACCUGCUCCAAAGACCGGUCCAUUGCUGUAUGGGAUAUGACUUCCCCAACUGACAUCACCCUCAGGAGGGUGCUGGUGGGACACCGAGCUGCAGUCAAUGUUGUAGACUUUGAUGACAAGUACAUCGUUUCUGCCUCUGGAGAUAGAACCAUAAAGGUGUGGAACACAAGCACUUGUGAGUUUGUAAGGACCCUCAAUGGGCACAAGCGAGGCAUCGCCUGUUUGCAGUACAGAGACAGGCUGGUGGUGAGCGGUUCCUCUGACAACACCAUCAGGCUGUGGGACAUAGAGUGUGGAGCGUGCCUGCGAGUGUUGGAAGGCCAUGAGGAAUUGGUGCGCUGCAUUCGAUUUGAUAACAAAAGGAUAGUGAGCGGGGCCUAUGAUGGGAAAAUUAAAGUGUGGGAUCUUAUGGCUGCUUUGGACCCACGUGCUCCUGCAGGGACUCUUUGUCUCCGGACACUUGUGGAACAUUCUGGAAGAGUUUUCCGCCUCCAGUUUGAUGAAUUCCAGAUUGUCAGUAGUUCACACGAUGACACAAUUCUCAUCUGGGACUUCCUGAACGAUCCAGCUGCUCAUGCUGAGCCGCCCCGCUCCCCUUCUCGGACAUACACCUACAUCUCCAGAUAAACAACCCGACACUGGCCUCGUAAUUGCCCAGGACUCGUUAAUGUUGCAGUAUUUAACAUACCUGCCAAGACCAGGAUGAACAACAAUCAAACUCCUACCUGGAUUCCCAGGCGGAUCAGCGAGGAGCAGGGCUUUGAGACUCCUGUUGGGACACAGUUGGUCAGCAGCCGACCAGGACAGUCUGCUCGGCGCUCCGGCUGCUUCAGUGCUGCUAUCAGAAGAUGUCUUUAUCUUGUGGGAAUGAUUGGAACUUUCAAGACUCCCUCCCCUUCCUUCCCCUCCCCUCUGCACCUGUUUCUUUCCCAUUGGGUUCCAGACAAAGAUGACUUAUAAAUAUAUUUAGUGUUUUGCCAGAA